AUGACCUGCUGGCUGUGCGUCCUGGGCCUGCAGCUCCUGCUCCUGCCCGCGGCGCCCCCGCCGGCCGCCGGCUGCCCGGCCCGCUGCGAGUGCUCGGCGCAGACGCGCGCGGUGGCCUGUCCCCGGCGCCGGCUCACCGCCGUGCCCGACGGCAUCCCGGCCGAGACGCGCCUGCUGGGGCUCAGCCGCAACCGCAUCCGCUGCCUGAACCCCGGCGACCUGGCCGCGCUGCCGCUGCUGGAGGAGCUGGACCUGAGCGAGAACGUGAUCGCGCACGUGGAGCCGGGCGCCUUCGCCAACCUGCCGCGCCUGCGCGUCCUGCGCCUGCGCGGGAACCUGCUGAAGCUCAUCCCGCCCGGGGUCUUCACGCGCCUGGACAACCUCACGCUGCUGGACCUGAGCGAGAACAAGCUGGUCAUCCUCCUGGACUACACCUUCCAGGACCUGCGCAGCCUCCGCCGGCUGGAGGUGGGCGACAACCACCUGGUGUUCAUCUCGCGCCGCGCCUUCGCGGGGCUGCUGGCGCUCGAGGAGCUGACCCUGGAGCGCUGCAACCUCACGGCGCUGUCCGGAGAGUCGCUGGGCCACCUGCGGGGGCUGGGCGCCCUGCGGCUGCGGCACCUGGCCAUCGCCGCCCUGGAGGACCAGAACUUCCGCAGGCUCCCGGGCCUGCUGCACCUGGAGAUCGACUACUGGCCGCUGCUGGCGGAGGUGGGCGCGGGCAGCCUGCAGGGGCUCAACCUGACCUCGCUGUCCGUCACGCACACCAACAUCACCGCCGUGCCGGCCGCCGCGCUCCGCCACCAGGCCCACCUCACCUGCCUCAACCUGUCGCACAACCCCAUCAGCACGGUGCCGCGCGGCUCCUUCCGCGACCUGGUGCGCCUGCGCGAGCUGCACCUGGCCGGCGCCCUGCUGGCCGUCGUGGAGCCGCAGGCCUUCCUGGGGCUGCGGCAGAUCCGCCUGCUCAACCUCUCCAACAACCUGCUGUCCACGCUGGAGGAGAACACCUUCCACUCGGUCAACACGCUGGAGACGCUGCGCGUGGACGGGAACCCGCUGGCCUGCGACUGUCGCCUGCUCUGGAUCGUGCAGCGCCGGAAGACCCUCAACUUCGACGGGCGGCUGCCGGCCUGCGCCACCCCGGCCGAGGUCCGCGGCGACGCGCUGCGCAGCCUGCCCGACUCGGCGCUCUUCGAGUACUUCGUGUGCCGCAAGCCCAAGAUCCGCGAGCGGCGGCUGCAGCGCGUCACGGCGGCGGCGGGCGACGACGUGCGCUUCCAGUGCCGCGCCGAGGGCGAGCCGGCGCCCACCGUGGCCUGGGUGACGCCGCGCCACCGCGCCGUGACGGCCGACAGCGCGGGCCGCGCGCGCCUGCUGCCCGGGGGCACGCUGGAGAUCCGGGGCGCGCGGCCGCAGGACAGCGGCACCUACACGUGCGUGGCCAGCAACGCGGGCGGCAACGACACCUACUUCGCCACGCUGAGCGUGCAGCCCGAGCCGGCCGCCAACCGGACCCCGGGCGAGGGCCGCAACGAGACGCAGGCGGCCGCGCGCUUCCCGCUGGACCUCACCACCAUCCUCGUGUCCACCGCCAUGGGCUGCAUCACCUUCCUGGGCGUCGUUCUCUUCUGCUUCCUGCUGCUCUUCGUGUGGAGCCGCGGCCGCGGGCAGCACAAGAACCACUUCUCGGUGGAGUACUCCUUCCGCAAGGUGGACGGGCCGGCGGCCGCGGCGGGCCAGGGCGGCUCCCGCAAGUUCACCAUGAAGAUGAUCUGA